AUGGCUUCCACUUCCGCAACAGAAAUACCAACCUCCAAUUCUGCGGUAGAAAUCAAAGAUGGCUCGCCUGACACACCACCUACCAAGUUCUCUCCACUCGACACCACCGUUGAUACACCGCCUAGCUCGCCCGUCGCCGACAUGAGCUCCCCGAGCACUGCUGCAGCUCCCGACACCGUCGAAAACAUAACUGUUGUGGUGGUUCCCGAGCCUGUUCAACCUUCGGCAUCGGCUGUUGAGUGUGACAAUGGUCUCGAAGAUGGAGAGAUUGUUGGGCAUAGUCGAUCGACGAGUCCAGAAGCAGAGAAAAACAAGGAAGAAGUUUCAAGGACAGAGAUCAUCGGUGAUCACACCACUACACAGCAAAGUCUCGUCAGCGCAGAAUAUAUGGGUCUGCCCAAAGCAAUGACCGAGAGCGAGACCGGUAGCGAAGAUGGCUUUUCUGUGAGCACAGCUGAUCCCGACGCUCCCGACGCAGCAGCAGCCAACAACGGAAUUUGCGGAACACACCUCAAAAAGCUGGCUCCUGCCGUGGAUUUAUCCAUUACUACUGGGGGACUGUCUGUUACAUCCGAGGUGGACAGCAGUGAGGAGAAGGAUGACCAGCACGACACCAAAGACUACAGGCAGACGAACGGUGUGUCGGAAAAAGAUGGGACUGAUGGGGGCAGCGAAGAUGAGGCGUUUGGAGAUGAUGAGGAUACGGCAGUAGAGUCGCAGAGGCACGAUAAUAUCGCGCCAGCACUGCCUCGAAGAGCGCCUCCACACAUGCGCCCAAUGUUCAAAGCGCCGAAUGCGCAAUAUUUUGGCUCUCAAGGGAGAAGACGUGACUGGCCGGCUCCUAUACUUUGUGCACCCCGCAAUUACUAUCCACCAGUAGGGUACCGGCCUUCUCGACCUCCGCUAGACUACGAUGAGCUUCAGCGCACGAAGGCCCAACUCAUGAAAGCCCGUAACGAUCUCGAAGUCGAGCGAAAGGUCAAUGCGGAGAUGCGAAAGAGAGUCGGAGCCGAGAAACAAGCAAGCAUCGGUGCUGCUAUGUCCGACAUGUUGACUGCCCUUCUUCAGAAGCAGGCAGAUACGCUUGCGGCAAAGGCAAAGACUCAAGAGAAGGAGCGGGACUUGCAGUAUCGUGAGCGGAAGAUCGCGCAGCUUGAAGACUACCUCUCUGAUGGGCAGCGGCAACUCAAGUACCAGCUCGAGCAGCAGGGUAUCCGCUCUAUGAGCGUAGUCGAUCGAGCAAACUUGCGUCGCGAAGUCGAGCUGAAGGUCAGGCACCAAUUCUCUGAUAUCGAAGGCAAGAUCGCUAUCCAAGUGGAGCGCCUUUGCCACCAAGAGGCUGCCCAGAAGAUCCACGAGCGGCAGUACAAGGCGCUGAUCCACGACGCUGUCGAGAACGAGAUUCGCGAACAGCUUGCACGAGAUGUGCAAGUUAAGAUCGCCGAUGCCAAAGUUGCAGAAGCAGCUUACAAACGUGGUGUCGCUGAGGGUAAGAAGGUUAGAGGUGCCGAAGCUUCCGAGGCAACCCUCAAGCAAGAGUUUUUGAAGGGCUACGCUGCAUGCUAUCGCUCUCAGACUACUCUGUACAACGUGCGCAAUGGUCACAUCGCCGCUGACAGCCCGGAACUUGUGUUUUUGUACGAUCCCACGCAGGUCGAGAACACUCAUAACUUGGGCCUCAGCAUCGGUCGUAUGGAAGUAGCGGCGGAGAAGGUCGAGAAGAGCACAGUGGGUGUCUUGGUUAGCCUUAAGUCGAUGGAGGAAGGUGCAGCUCGGGCAGCCGCCAUUACAGGCGAGCCACGGACAGCCUCAAGCGCAGCCACUUACCGCGUCCGAUGUCAAGCUCAGUUCAACGAUGCAGGCCCACCUCGCUCUUCUCAGGCUGCAGAACGCCAGCAAGAGCGCCCAACACAGACACAGAAAAUGCAGCAGGAAGAGCCAACUCGCAGCUCCGUUCCUCCAUGUGCCACCUUCGCCGGCGAGCUACGUGGCUCAUCCUCAUCUGCGACGCCCAACGGCAUCUUCGCGAGCAGGUUCAACCCGCAGUCCACUCCAAACGCACCCAGGACCACUGCUACCCCUAUCACGAACAGUGUUUCGAGAGUCGGCACGGUAGGUCAUGUCAGCGAAAGUGUCUAUGCUGGACGCCGCCCUAUCCGCUACGAGGAUGACUCUGAUGUCGAGCCAGCGUCUCCAAACCUGAUCGAUCUGUACUAGGUCCGCAAGGUGCAGGCUUCUUGUGGGCUUGCAGAAGGUGUGUGGGAAACAUCAACGACAAAGCUUGCCUAGCUGUUGAUUGUAGGUCUUUGCGGAAGCGCUUAGGACAGCAUGGCAGGCUAAGAAUGGAAAGUUGGCGGAUCAUGGUCUAGCAUGUAGUGCGGAGGUGAAGUUCUUGCAUAUCAUUCUUGCACUGAGUGUG